AUGGUUAUAAGUGAUGAAAGUCAAAAGGCAGUGGCUGCUACUUCUAGAAUUUUAGGUGCAAAUCCAGCAAUUACUACUGAGAAUUAUGAUGUUGCGAUGUAUACAAAAAAUAUGGGAAAUCAAAGAUAUAAAAAGAAUUAUAAUAUUCAGUGUGAUUUCUGCAAAAUUAGAGGUCAUAGUAAAGAAAAUUCUUUCAAGAUAGUUGGCUAUCCUCCAGAUUUUAAAUCUAAAAGGAAAGGGCCAGGAUCAUAUAACAAUGGAACAAGAGCAGGUCCAGCAGCUUAUAAUGCUCUAGCAAAAAUUCCUCAACACCAGCCUAAUGUGAGUUAUCAGCAGGCAUCUCAGAUGAUAAAUGGUCAAAUCAUUGAUAAUUCACUGCCUCAGAUAGGAGCAUUCACAAAAGACCAAUAUGAGCAGAUAUUACAAAUCCUAAACAAAACUAACCUAGAAGGCAACAACAAUAAUUCUUCAGCAAAUGUAGCAGGUAUGAGUACAGCUUUAUUAGUUUCAAAUUGUCCAAAAGCAUGGAUUAUUGAUAUUGGUGCAAUUAAUUAUAUGGUGUCUGAUAUUAACAUGUUAAAUCAGGAAUCUAUAGUUGAAAAUACUAAUCCUAAGAGAGUGUGUCUUCCUAAUGGUGAAAUUUCAAAUGUUACACAUACUGGAACUAGUUCAAUAUCUGCUAGAAGUACACUUAGCAAUAUUUUCCAUUUACCUCAGUUCAAAUUUAAUCUAAUGUCUGUGUCAAAAAUGACUAAGGAACUAGCUUGUGCUGCAACCUUCUACCCUCAUUUUUGUAUUUUUCAGGAUCUCUUCAAUGGGAGGGUGAAGGAGAUUGGUAAAGAAAGAGAUGGCUUAUACAUUCUACUGAGUCAACUUGCUAAGAAAAAUAUGAAUUUCAGCCUCCUUGUAAAGGAAGUGCUUAGUGCAGAAGACAUAAAUCUAUGGCAUAAAAGAUUUGGUCAUGUGUCAUUAUCUGUUCUUAGGAAAAUGGUUCAAAAUAAAACUGAGUCUAUAGUAGAAGUAUUAAAUAAGUGCAAUAGAACUUGUGCUUAUAUUCCUCAGCAAAAUGGAGUAGCUGAGAGAAAACAUAGACACAUACUAGAAGUAACUAGAGCUAUCAGAUUUCAAGCCAAUAUACCUAUGAAAUUUUGGGGUCAUUGUGUUCUAGCUGUUGUAUACAUAAUUAACAGACUUCCUUCAUCAGUUAUAGGAGUUUCACCAUUUAAAAAAUUAUACAAAAGGAAACCUUCUCUGAUCCAUUUAAGAGUUAUAGGGUGCCUUUGCUAUGCCAAAAUUAUAGAAUCAGACCAACUGAAACCAAGAGCUAAAUCUGCAAUAUUAAUGGGAUAUUCAGAGGUGCAAAAAGGUUAUGUCUUAUAUGAUUUAACUACUAAUUCCUUCUUUGUAAGCAGAGAUGUUAUUUUCAGGGAAGAUGUAUUUCCAUUCGGGAAUGUUACUACAUCUUCAUCUCCUAUAUUUGUAUCUCAACCUAUCUUAGACAAUAUACAACCUGAGGGUUACACUCAGCAACCUGUUGGUUUUCCUCAACCUACAAACACUCAUGACUAUGAAGCGGACUACAUAGAUACAAGUGCAGAAGAGAUUCCUAACUCAAUCUCACAAGCUGUCACAGAAUCUGCCACUACAAAUCAACAACAGGAUCGGUCAAAAAUCAUUCUCCCUACUGCUUCAACAAAUAUUCAGUAG